CAAAAUCUCUCAAAUAGAGUUAGAACUCAACCGCCACACAAAGUCUCUUUUUUCAUGUGAGAUCAGCUUAAUCUAGCACUGCUAGAUUAUGCCGUUGAGGACUCUGCCAUCCAGCAGCAGUUUUGAGGAAGAAAGGGCCAGAUUGACCAGCCUGCCUUGCCCACAGGAUGUGGAUCACUAUUGCUUCUCAGAGGCCCUGCACAGGCCGUUUGGACUGGACUCGUCUGCUCUGACGGAAGCGGUGCGCUGGAGCUCAAAAGAGAAUCUGCUGGGUGCAGCGGAGAGCGACCCAAACCUCUUUGUUGCACUUUACGACUUUGUUGCCAGUGGCGACAACACGCUGAGCAUUACGAAAGGAGAAAAGCUGCGAGUGCUGGGCUACAACCAGAAUGGAGAGUGGAGUGAAGUGCGUUCAAAGAAUGGUCAGGGUUGGGUACCCAGUAACUACAUCACCCCUGUGAACAGUUUAGAAAAGCACAGUUGGUAUCACGGGCCUGUGUCCCGCAGCGCCGCAGAGUACCUGCUCAGUAGCCUGAUCAAUGGCAGCUUUUUGGUUAGGGAGAGUGAGAGCAGCCCUGGCCAGCUCUCCAUUUCAUUGCGCUACGAGGGACGGGUCUAUCAUUACCGGAUCAACACCGCCUCUGACGGAAGGGUCUAUGUAACGGCCGAGAGUCGUUUUAGCACAUUAGCUGAGCUGGUUCAUCAUCAUUCUACAGUGGCAGAUGGUCUCGUAACCACACUACACUACCCCGCCCCAAAAUGCAACAAGCCCACAGUCUACGGCGUCUCACCCAUCCACGACAAGUGGGAGAUGGAACGAACCGACAUCACCAUGAAGCACAAGCUUGGAGGAGGCCAGUAUGGAGAGGUGUACGUCGGAGUUUGGAAGAAGUACAACCUCACUGUUGCUGUCAAAACACUAAAGGAGGACACUAUGGAGGUCGAGGAGUUUCUGAAGGAGGCUGCAGUCAUGAAGGAGGUGAAACAUCCCAAUCUAGUACAGUUACUUGGUGUUUGUACGUUGGAGCCUCCAUUCUACAUAGUGACUGAGUACAUGCCACAUGGUAACCUGCUGGACUACCUGCGUGAGUGUGAUAGGGAGCAGGUGAAUGCUGUGGUGCUGCUCUAUAUGGCCACUCAGAUCUCAUCUGCCAUGGAGUAUCUAGAGAAGAAAAACUUCAUUCACAGGGACUUGGCUGCACGUAACUGCCUGGUUGCGGAGAAUCACGUAGUGAAGGUGGCUGAUUUCGGACUGAGCCGUCUGAUGACCGGAGACACCUACACUGCUCAUGCAGGAGCUAAAUUCCCCAUCAAAUGGACGGCACCAGAAAGUCUGGCCUACAACACCUUCUCCAUCAAAUCAGAUGUUUGGGCAUUUGGAGUGUUACUUUGGGAGAUUGCGACUUACGGCAUGUCUCCAUACCCAGGGAUUGACCUUUCUCAAGUAUACGACCUGCUGGAGAAGGGCUACCGAAUGGAGCAGCCUGAGGGCUGUCCACCUAAAGUCUAUGAGCUCAUGAGAGCCUGCUGGCAAUGGAGUCCAUUGGACAGACCUUCAUUUGCUGAGAUUCACCAAGCCUUUGAGACCAUGUUCCAUGACUCCAGCAUCUCAGAAGAGGUGGCAGAAGAGUUGUGUAAAACCGCGUCUGGUGGACAUGCGCACACCUUCGGUUUUGAUAUGCCACUCUUGCCUUCAAAGUCUCGUGCACAGAAGAAACACUCUGAGAACAAAGAGAAUAUGGAAGAGGCAGGACUCCACGGCCCUGCAGGUUUUGCAGCCUCGCUUUUUUCUGGUGAUGGGCGCUCCAGCAGCUCUCCGGCCUUACCACGCAAACAGAGGGAUAAAUCUCCCUCUAGCCUGCUCGAGGACUCCCAGGACACCACCUUCAACCGUGACCGCAAGACUGGCUUCUUCAGUUCUUUCAUAAAGAAAAAAUCCUCUUCCACUUCUUCACCUCAACAGCAACAAAAUCUCCCGAUGCCUCCCAAGAGGAGCAGUUCUUCCAGAGAGAUGGAGACCCAGCCUCAUAAAAAGUAUGAGCCCACAGCAGGGUUUGGGGGCCCUCCUCCUCCUUUGCCACAGACUGAUGGGUUGAGUUUCUCUCCAUCUCAUGGAGAAGGCAACCAUGUGCAGUCCCGCUGCUGUGGGGCCACAUUUGGGCAAAAGCCUUCAAACUCUGGAGGAACCUCUAGUCAGGUAGGAGGAAGCAGUAGCUGGGGAAGCCUAGCAGGCUUCUUCACUCCUCGCCUUAUCAAAAAGACCCUGGGAUUGCGGACUGGUAAGCCUUCUGGGAUAGAUGAAGGGGGAGGAACCAAGCCUUUCCCACGUUCCAAUUCAACUUCCUCUAUGUCUGCUGGGUUGCCAGAUUUGGAGCGAAUGGCGCUGACGUUACCAAGAAACCGCAGCAAACCCCCACUAGAGCGUACAGCUUCCACCACUUCACAGCCUGAGAAUGGGGCAGCACGACCUUCGGAUGCAAUCCUAAGGAAGUUUGAUGAAGGUACAGCUCAGAUACGGGACCGUCCCAAAGCCAAGCUCUUACCACGAGGGGUGGUGGCAAGUGGGGGAGGUGGAGUAAGGGCUCCAGGGGUUGGGGGAGAGGCUGAUUCAGACUCCAACCCACGGUUAAAAGACGGGUACGAAGACAGGCAAGGCUGGUCGUCUCCAUCAAAAACCUCCACUCUUGGCUCGGUCAAUCUGCACAAUCACAAAGUUCCAGUGUUGAUCUCCCCUACCCUAAAGCACAGCUCAUCCGAUGCACUCCUAGUUGGCGUGGACUCUCAGGGCAACCGAUUCAAACUACUGUCUGACAGCGAUCGUGACCGGCCGCGACUUGUGAAGCCCAAAUGUGCACCCCCUCCCCCACCCAUGCUUCGCUCCCUCCAACACACCUAUUGUGCCGAUGCAGCUGAUGAAGCAGUCAGUGGCAAUGUAGAGGUCAAUGGAGAUGGGGUCAAAAAAUCAGGGAGAGAAACAAGAGGGGUGCGUCCAUCAAUACCACCACCACAAGUGCCUCCAGCCCCCUUAGUCCCCUCUAGUAACACCACCACCCAGACUAAAAUGGCCAACGGUGCUUCCACUGGACCUGGCCCCACUUCCGCAAAACCUAACUUUAGACGGACUCGACAGCAGGCAGAACGGAUUCCCCUGGAGAAGAUUAGCAAGGAAGCUCUUUUGAAAUGUGCUGAAUGCUUGAGUAGUGCCCUUCAAGGCACCACUGAGCUGUCAUCCAGCAGCCAGGUAUUAGAUGUGGGACAUCAGCUUUUGGACUAUUGCUCUGGAUAUGUUGAUUGCAUCCCACAGACACGUAAUAAGUUUGCCUUUCGUGAGGCAGUGGGAAAACUUGAGUUGAGUCUACAGGAGCUUCGUGCAUCCUCUACAGGUGGUGGAGGGGGACCUGGGACCAGCCCUGCUGUUGAUAACUUGCACACCUGCAUUAAAGAGAUCAGUGAUGUGGUGCAAAGGUAGCCACUGGGUCAGCCUGUAAUUACAAACAACUCCUCCACCACUUGAGACUUCUGCCAAAUCAAUCUAGUUUUAUUGAAAUGUUGGGGGACAGAGAAUAUUCUUUCAGAAUUACCUCAGAAAAUUACUACAAAUACAAACCCUCUCUUUUUAUUGUUUACAGGUGACUUCUUGAAAUUGCCAGUUGGGAUCAGAGUUCUAUACUUUGUAUAUAAGAUUUUUGACAUUACCAAUACACCGUUUAGUUUUUGGCCAAUUUACUUUGUAAUUUUUACAGUUUUUUCUUGGCAUGACAAAACAAAUUUUCACAAACAGAUUGCACAGGUCAAGGUGAGCCUAGGUUUAACCGACUGCAGACUAGCUGUUCAAGCUUUCAGAGAAAACAUUUAAAGGUUGCCAUCCACUUUUCAUUAUGCUAAUUUUGCAUUUGAUCUACAAUAACCGGAUAUUUGGAAAAAUAAAAUAAUGCAAAAAUAAAAAUGCCCACAAUUUAAGACAUGGAUUGAAUUUGCUUUAGGUUAAACUAUAUUGCCUGUUCAGAGCAUACAGUAUCAAUUAACGUGGAGUGCAAACACAGCUCUGUGCACAUUUGUUUGGUUUCAUUUUACACACAAUAAGUGCAACCACAUCCCAUACUGUCAUUGUAAUUUGACCACAUUUAUCAACACCAUUUAUGACAUUGAUGGUUUUGUAGUUCUUUCUGUAAUUAGUCUUUGCAUUAAAUGUUGUUAGUAGUGGUUUGCUGUGGAAUUGUUGAGUUGGUGUUGGGACAGUCACCACAUGGAUCAUAUUUGACCUGAUAUAUCUGUGGCCUUUAUAUAAUGCUCCAAACAAACAGAUGGCACAAAUCUACACUCAGCUUGUUGUACACUUCAGAAUUUUCAAGACUUUGUGUAUAAUAAUUUAAAGGAAAUGUUCACCCAAAAAAAAAAAUUAUGUCAUCAUAUGGUUUCAAACCCACACUGUAAAGAAUAGUCCCAUGGUUUUUACAAACAAACAAACCAAAAAAAUAUAUUUAGUAAAUAAAUGUGGUGAAAAUGUAAACGACUUUACAGAACAACCUGUAAAUAUUACAGUUGAAAACUUUUUUUAACGUAACCAAGUUUCAGAGUUUACGGGAUGUCAUUUUGAUGCCAGUUUAUUUUACGGUGCAAUACCGUCGUUUAUAUUAUUAAAUGAUAAACAUAAUAUAUUAACCUUCUGAAACUAAAAUCUGUUUUUCACUUCAUAAUGUAUUGCUAAUCACCCUAGUAAUUACAGCAGGGCACAUGAUGACAUGAAGUUCAUCAAUAGUGUCCCUUCCAGGAGCAAUGACCAAUAAGCAUUAAAUAAAAUACAUCAAAUAUAACACAGAACACGCCAAAGUACAUAACUGAUGUUAAAAAUAAUAAGAACUAUAACUAUUCCCAUAAAAUAUAAUGAAAUGUUACGGGUCAUACAGGGAUUCUGGGAAUGACCGAUUAUUGUUUUUUACCGUAAAUUUUAAUAAUUUACCGUAAAAAGUACACGUGUACUCUUGUUAAUCAUAAUAUAAAUUUGUACUUUUAAUUAUAUGGGAAAAUCAUACUUUUUACAUAAUUCUUUUUCAUUUUUUUAUUUUACUGUUAAACUACAUGUAUAGUCUUUUUUAAUUUAUAUUUAAAUAAUACAUAUAUUUUAAGGUAACUGCUCGUUAACCAAUAAACUUUUUUAUUACUGUAGCAUUUUUACAGUCUUUUACCAUUAAAAUUAUGGACUUUUUUUUACAGUGCAUGUGACUUGCUUUAGUGGAAUGCAUAAAAAGUUUGGCAGAAUGUUAGGGAUUGACAGCCUCUGUCACCAAUCACUUUUAUUGCUUCCCCCCCCCCAACACACACACAAUGAAAGUGAAUGGUGACAGAGACCACUGCAUAUCAACUCCUUUUGUAUUCCACAGAAGAACUUCAUACAGGUUUGGAAAGAUAUAAAGGUAAAUGGCAAUGAAAUUUUUAGUUUUGGGUGAAUUAACCCUUUCAAAUUUGAAGAGCUGAAUCUCGAUUUGUAAAACAUGGAAACAGCAAGACUACAAAUACAAUAUUGCCAAGUCUUUUAACACAAACUGCAUUUUCUUUAGCACAUUGAUUUGUAACUAUUUUGUUUUCAAUUUAUAAUGUCUCCAUUUGUAAACUUGAAUUUUAAAUUAUUUUCUACUAAAAGCACAGGCAUUUUUAUGAUAUUGUAGAUAUUGAAUUUUAUUUUAUACCCAUAAAAGAAGUGGAAGGUUAAGCUCAUUUGAGUCUCCUAAAAGACUCGGUGGUUAGUGGAAAUCAGUGAGAUGUUUGUCCUUGUGGUGAAGUGCAGAAUUUGGUGCGAGGGUCUCCAUCUGUGCAUCUACAUUAUGAAUGUAUUAAUUUGUUAAAAACAGGAAUGUUUCUUUUUUUAUGUUAUUUUUUAUGUUUUCUAUAACCUCUCCACAGCAUUCAAACUUUUCACUUAUUAAAAGAAACUUUUUCUUCAGGUCAAAAAACAGUUACACAUUUUGUCUGGUCCUGUAUUCAUUACAAAAUGUAGAUUUCUAUUAGAGUUUGCAUAAAAGAGAUUUUUGUGGGUAACCUGCAAUGUCAUAAUUAAAUGUUAUUAAAAUGAUUUGUACAAAUUACACUGGAACACAUUUCUAAAGCAUAAAUAUAAUUUGCCUUGCCUUAAUUCACUAUCUAGUUUAUGUUAUAUGGAAAUUGUUUUUGCCAUACAUGUCCAGGAUAUUUCAGUUCCACUGCAACUGGAAAACAUAUAUAUGUCUUUUGUUCAGAAAACUGUUUAGCCACCCUAGACCACAACAAAAUAGACAACUUGCCGACACUAACUUGAUGUUUGUUUUGCCAUUUUGUCUGCCAUGGGCAAUGUUUUCCGCUAUUAAAUGGUGCCUUUUGUGAGAUUUUAUGUUUUGUGCACUGCUAAGUCAUGUUAAAUAUCUGUUGUAAAUAUGUUUUGCUCUCAGAUACUGAAUAUCAAUUUUAAGGUGGCAAUUGGGAAUUUCAAGUCUUUAUUAUCGUUCAAGCUACCCUAUUCAAACUUCAGGGUUUGUGGGGUGUCCAACUUGAAUAGGAAAACGUGCAAUGAUCUGUUCUUUACUAAGAAAAAUACAGUGCUUAAAGUCUGGUAUGUUUUACUGAAAGAGUUCAUCAAUUUGUUUUGCUUUGUCAGGAAUAGGCUCUUUCAAACACAUACAGGUCUGUCUAUUCCAUUUGUUAUUGUGUAUGUUUAAUUAUCAAUCGAUGAGGGGGAAAGGGUUAGCGUCACCCAAGUAUGUCUGUUUUGUAUGUUCGUUUUAGAUGAUUGUCAGGGAGUGUUUGAUUUUUAAGCCUUUUAAGUACAACAGCAAAGUUUUUUUUUCUUUCAUUGCCUCUGUAUUUUUUAUAUAUAUAUAUAUUAUUUUGGCCCAAAUCCACUUAAUAUCAUGAUUUUACUGCUAUUGUAGCCAUUGCUGCACUGCAAUUCCUUUAAUUUGUCUCUUAAUCUGGUCUCAUAGCCAGUUUUGCAUCUACAUUGCCUAAAAAAUACAACACUUUUAAUGUAGGUAAAUUUCAAAACAUCUUCUGAAAAUUUGUGCUUUAAAGCAAUAUUUGAUUUGAUCUAGUAGAAAUUUCAGUACAGGACGAACUUGUGCUAUAAAUUAGGCUUAAUGUGCCACAAGGCCACUGAGGUGCAAAGCCAUUGAACUGUAUGUCUCACAGACAUAUACAUCACAAUUCAUAUACUGUUCAGUUUCAUUUCAAGCACCCAAAUUUGUUCUUUUCUUUUACACUUUUAUUUGUUUGUUACUUUUAUUUAUGUUUGGUUUAUUUAUUGAUCUGCAUUUAUGAAUCCUGGAACUCGCAUUCUUUUGGAAACUAUCUUUUUAUAAGGUCAGAUUUUAAGUGCUGAAGAAAUUUAUAUACCAAAGUCCACCUCUCUAGUCUUUCAAGUGCAAUGAAAAUAAACACUCUUAAUUUUGAAUAUGUGAAUUUAACAGGGAUUGAAAAGGCAGAGGUUGACAAUUUAACAGUAUUUUUUCUGUUUUGUAAAAAGUAUAUUUUGUGUGAUUCUAAUUUAAAGCUCACUUUUAAAAGUAUAUUACUGUGAAGUCCUUCCUCAGUGUUAAACUUGAUGUAAAUAAUUAAUAAAGAAAACUGU